AUGCAACUGGGGCCCAGCAGUACUACCAGCUUGAUCUGCGGCCUGGGCACCCCACCUAAGAUGGCGGACGCCACGUGCAUCGAAACUUGCAAGAUAAACUGCAGCCCCCAAGUACCCACAAAAUACAACAAAGCAACCGGGCGCGAGCAAACCAAAGUCCCACAACGACCACCGGUAAACACCCGUCAAGAUAUCCCAGUACAACGUUUACCCCAAAGGUCACAGCACUGGAAUAUGGCUGCGACAUAGGAGCAGGCCUGCAACAGACGGGAAAAGCGGGGACGCGGCAAACCAGCAACCACAGCACGGAAUAACCCACGGCAAAACAGGGCAUUGAAGCAUGUGCCUCUGACACACCGAUCACCCACACAAAGUGCUGCGACACACAACACCCCGACCAUCAAUGAAGACACCACGCUACAUACCGACAGCCGGCCAGCAAGGGGCCCCUCUCGACGCAUGGAAGGCUCCAGCACAGCGAGAGUCCACCCUGCACCACCGCUCUGUCGCCUCCUCUCCGGUUGUCUCCCCUACAGCGAAAGAAUCUACAGCUCAGCCUCGGAAUGGAGUGGGCUGAGGGCCGGCACGGAGCGCACAGAAGCGGGAUGCUGCAGGCUACUGCCAAAUCCUUCCUGCACCGAUACAUUACAGGAGGCACCCAACAGGACUUGGACACUGUCGAUGACUGGCUUGCCGGG